AUGCAGCGGCUCCCCUUCAUCCUCACUGCUGCACUGAGACACAGACUCACAAGAUCCGCUGGGAUUCCUCCUGCGCUCGGAAUGGAGAUGUUGAAUAAUCGACUGAAAUAAGGAGACGUCCUCGCAGAGAUCAAGAUGGUGUCGUGGAUCAUUUCGCGGAUGGUGGUCCUGGCCUUCGGGACCCUCUACCCAGCCUAUUCCUCUUAUAAGGCUGUGAAGACGAAAAACGUCAAGGAGUAUGUGAAAUGGAUGAUGUACUGGAUAGUGUUUGCGUUAUUUACAACAGCAGAGACGAUCACAGAUAUGCUUCUCUCUUGGUUUCCAUUUUAUUUUGAGCUGAAGAUUGCCUUUGUUAUCUGGCUGUUGUCACCGUACACCAAGGGCUCCAGUGUGCUGUACCGCAAGUUUGUGCACCCCACGCUCUCCAAUAAAGAAAAGGAAAUUGAUGAGUACAUAACCCAGGCUAAAGACCGCAGUUAUGAGACCAUGAUGCGGUUUGGGAAGAGAGGACUCAAUAUUGCUGCCACUGCAGCAGUCACAGCAGCCACAAAGGGUCAGGGUGUGUUAUCGGACAAGCUGCGCAGUUUCAGCAUGCAGGAUCUGACUCUGAUUCAGAACGAAGACGAGCUGCAGCUGGACGGCACAGACGACACACACACUGCCGCCACGCUACCUCGGGCUAAAACAGUCACGCGCACAGGUAACAUACAGACGGCUACCGUCCUAACAGAAUCAAACUUUAUGGAAUAA